ACAAAAAAAAAAAAAAAAAAAGAGAAAAAGAAAAUGACAGCAAACAACCUGUAUAGCAGCAUAAAUAAAAGAUUUUUCUGACCCUAAAUUUUCUCCUCUCUGAAGAUCCUCUGAUCAACAGCUUCCAAAAAAAAUAAAAAUCCCCAUUUUUAAUUUUUGUUAUCCAUUCCCUGUUUGAUCCCUCUGAUCCAGGCACAAACUCUGUCACCAUCAAUCUUUUAUGGGUUUUAACAGCUAAGCUUGUUGUUGAAAAUUGACACAAUAUAUGUAUGUUAAGAUCCACAUAAAAACUAUUGCUUUCUUGUCUUUGUGGGACAAAAAAAAGUUUAGCCUAUACCUUUUGCAGGUUUGUUACAUAUUAAUGGGUCCAGGCCUUGUUGAGCUUGCGGGGGUUAGUAUAAUAUCAAGAAUUGGGGUUGUGGGUUUUGAAUAUAAGCAAAAAUCGGAGCUGAGGUUUGGAUUUUUGAUGAAUAUAUUGUUUGCUGGUUCUUUUGGAUAAAAUAUGUAAACACCAAUAAAGGGAAAUAAGAAAAAGACUCAAUUUUUAUCAAGAUUAGACCUUUUUUUUUUUUUUUUUUUUUGGAUUAUACAUGUAAUUUUAUUGAAAUUGUAUGCAAAAAGAAAAAAGAAAAAGCUUGUUGGAAACCUUCUGUUGAGGGGGAUGGUGGUGUAGGGAAGUGGGUUGAGGGUUGAUGGUUUAAUAUGGUACAGAUAUUUGAUUGAGAAUUUUCCGUGGGAACAAUACAAGGAAAUAAUUUGGUGGAGGAUCAGAGCCAGGUUGAAUCAUGUCCUUAUUGAAUAUUUGUUGGUGUCUAUGAUGGACAUGGAGGACCAGAGACGUCUCGUUUCGUAAACAAUACUUUGUUCUCCAAUCUUAAGAGUGUCUUUGGUCGGAUAUUGCCAAGAAUGCUAAUCACUCCCACUGCCGGAAAAUGAAUCACCACCUUUUGCCUAUAUGUAACAUGUAAAUAGCACUCUCAUAUAUGUAGAGAAUGUUGUGCUUUAGUAUGCUGUUUUCCUGCCAUGGAGUUUCAACCAGUUUGUGGCACAAAUGAUAAAAGGAGAUUAAGGGCCUUUUAUUCACACCUCUUGAAGUACAUGUAUGCCUGUAUUCUCCUGCUGUGCAUCCAUAAGCAUCUGAUUUCUAUGUUAUUUCAGAGGAUUCAUGUCCUUUCACUUCAGGGAUUGCAAGUUGGAAGUCACAACUAUCAACUCCCAUGAAUAUGUUGUAGGAGUUCUUGUGAUGGUUGCUCUUCCAAAUGUAUAGAAAUUUGUUGCAGAGUCUUAAACCUAUUAAACAAUGCUACAAACAAGUUAAAGAUUCAAUGCCUAAUAGUGCAGAUAAAGAAUAUAUGAAAGUUCAAUGCGCACAAAACAAGACCUUAGCGACGCUCUUCAGACAGAUGAAAAGUGCGGUGAGCAAGAUAAAGAGUAGAUCAUUGGACGCCUUCAGAGUUUUCCUGAAAUUCUAUGUUCGUUAUGAGAGAGCAUGUGGAACAGCUAAUGUUGGUGUCACUAAAAUGGGCAGAAUUGCAAAGCAAAUAAAGUUAUCACGUCGGGAAAUUUUGGAGUCUUAUGUGAAGGGUUGGUUGUCCAAGCCUUCUGGCCAUCCAUAUAUAGUUGAAUAUGCUGCCAAUUUCGCUGUAGCACACGAUUUUGGUAGUCCUGGAGCUGUCAUUGUUACAAGUCUCCUUGACAAAAAGAUACACCUAGCGCAGAUUGUUGUUCAUGGCUUUAAUGAAAGUUGUUGAUUCUUUAUCUUUAGUGCUAAUACAUGGAUUCACUCUCAAAAAGAUAAUCCAGGAAGUAGAAUUAUCUUCCAAAAUCAGGAACGGAAAUCUGGUGCAGCUUAUCACAGUUUGAAGCGCCUACUAGAAUUCAGGACAUUUUAACUUCUCAAUGCAUUGGUGGACCUUUUAUUUUCUUUUAAACUGCGAUGCACAUUAACUUAUCGAUGUAUUAACAUACUGAUUUAUUAUGGACGUAAGUAUGUGGAAGUCGUCUGAUAUUGUUGCCCAACAAUAUUCAAAUGGAGUAUAGGUCUGAAUCAGUUCAAAGUGCCAAUGAGCAUCAUGUAACCCCUCAGAGGAUUCCAACAAACAGAUUAGCAUGAUCAUUGCGGAGUAAAUUUGUUAAAUGCGUAAGUUAAUUCCGGUC